GCGGAUUUGAUCCUCUCGAACACGGCCAUGGACUACAUCACAGAAUUAACAUCAGAUGUUGCUAAUCUAAACUGUCUGUUUUGAGUUCUACAGAUUUGUUAGUUGUAUGUUUUAGUUUAUUUAGCUUUAUAUGAAAACACCAUGUCGGUGGCGUUUGCACCUCAUAGACAACGUGGAAAGGGUGAUAUAACACCCGCUGGAAUUCAAAAGUUACUGGAUGAGAACAAUCAGCUGAUUCAAUGUAUAAUGGAUUUCCAGAGCAAAGGAAAGACUGCAGAAUGUUCACAGUACCAACAAAUGCUCCACAGAAAUUUGGUUUACCUGGCCACGAUAGCAGACUCCAAUCAGAACAUGCAGUCUCUGCUCCCUGCUCCACCCACUCAGAACAUGCCCAUGGGCCCUGGUGGGAUGAACCCGAGUGGAGCGCCUGGCCCCCAGCCCCCCCACGGACACAACAUGCCCCCGGAGGGCAUGGUCAGCGGCGGCCCCACUGCCCCACACAUGCAGAACCAGAUGAACGGACAGAUGCCUGGGCCCAAUCACAUGCCCAUGCAGGGCCCCGGGCCUGGCCCCAACCAGCCUCCCAACAUGCCCGGAAGUGGCGCCAUGAACAUGCCCCCCAGCAGCCACGGUUCCAUGGGUGGCUACAACCACGCUGUGCCCUCGUCUCAGGGCAUGCCUGCCCAGGGCCAGAUGAACAUGACCCAGGGACAGGGACCCAUGGGCAACUACGGCCCCCGGCCCAACAUGAACAUGCAGCCUAACCAAGGCCCAAUGAUGCACCAGCAGCCUCCCUCCCAGCAGUACAACAUGCCUGGGGGUGGCGGGCAGCACUACCAGGGCCAGCAGAAUCCCAUGGGCAUGAUGGGUCAGGUCAACCCGGGCAACCAUGUCAUGGGGCAGAGGCCCAUGCCCCCUUACAGACCCCCACAGCAAGGACCCCCUCAGCAGUACCCAGGGCAGGAAGACUACUAUGGGGACCAGUACAGUCACGCAGGACAGGGAGCUUCAGAAGAGCGAGACCCAGCAGCCAACCAACAGUCCCCCUAUGAAAAAGAUCAUGGAAACGCCCAGUAUGGCCAGCAGCAGGAGGCCUACCAGCAAGGUCCUCAACAGCAGGGCUACCCCCCACAGCAGCAGUAUCCCGGACAGCAGGGCUAUCCUGGACAGCAACAGGGUUAUGGUCCAUCCCAGGGAGCUCCAGGCCAGUACCCUCAGGGUUACCCCCAGGGCCAGGGGCAGCAGUACGGGGCCUACCGGGGCCCCCAGCCCGGCCCACCUCAGGCCCAGCAACAACGCCCAUACCCAGGCUACGACCAGGGUCAAUAUGGAAAUUACCAGCAAUGAGAGAUGGUCAUGGCAGUCAACAAGAGCCCUGCUCUGACCUCUAACCUCUAAACUCGGCUGCAGUUCACUGAGACACCCUCUCUCUCACACACGCACACACACGCACACACUUUGUGGUCCUUAUGUGAAAAGUGUAAUUUUUGUUAAUGUCGAUAAUGAGAUGAUUUUGUCCACUUCCAUCACUUCGCUUCUGGUCUGUGUUAGUCUCAAAGCAGCGAUGCCUUAAAAGGAAACAGAGCUGCCUUAUACAGAGCCUUGCAGAUGGUGAAAUGGGCAAAAAUAAGUUACAUUCAUUUUUGGGAUAUAACAGGACAGAAUUGUACAGAACUGAACUUCACACACAUGUAGUGCAAUGUUUCUCCAUCCAAUAGCCCCCCGUUCAUAAGAAGCAAUAAUGCCAAUGGGAGGGGGUGGGACAGAGGCGGCGUGAGGAGAUCUUGCAUCUGAAACAAAAUUCUAUUAGGCCAUGGUACAUGUCAAGGUCAACAUGUGUGAUGUAAAAAAUAUAUUUUAUGCUUUUUAGAUUAAGCUAACUUUGUAUAAGAAUUUGGAGACUAUCGUUGAAUAUUGUUUUUUUUCUUGAACUCUGUCUAUUGGUGUCAUUUUUUGUUGUGAUGACAUUGUAUUCAUCCCCCAUUUUGUUUGUUCUUUUAUUUGUUCCCCCUGAAUUCUCUUUGCUUCUUCAGUGACUUGUACAAACAAUAUGUGCUUGGGGUGAACAAAUCAGAUGCCUUGGUUUUAUGAAUGGAUUGUACAUAGAAAGCCAUCAAAAACAAACAGAGAACAUCCAUCUGCAUUGAAGCAUCAGUGCUGAAACAUGUCUUUGGGCAGCAGAAGCAGAACAUGACCUGUGAGUGGGGCUGAAUUCUGACUUGAGAUAUUCAGUGCAUUCAGGGAAGUUAUCAGACCCCUUGACUUUUCCCACAUCUUGUUACAUUACAGCCUUAUUCUAAAACAUAAAUCGUUUUUUCCCCCUCAUCAAUCUACACAAUGGAGAUAUCACAUUACCAUAAGUAUUCAGACCCUUUACUCAGUACUUUGAAGCGUCUUUGGCAGCGAUUACAGCCUCUAGUCUUCUUGGGUAUGUACAGUGGGGCAAAAAAGUAUUUAGUCAGCCACCAAUUGCGCAAGUUCUCCCACUUAAAAAGAUGAGAGAGGCCUUUAAUUUUCAUCAUAUGUACACUUCAACUAUGACAGACAAAAUGAGAAGAAAAAAAAUCCAACAAUCACAUUGUAGGAUUUUUAAUGAAUUUAUUUGCAAAUGAUGGUGGAAAAUAAGUAUUUGGUCACCUACAAACAAGCAAGAUUUCUGGCUCUCACAGACCUGUAACUUCUUCUUUAAGAGGCUCCUCUGUCCUCCACUCGUUACCUGUAUUAAAGACACCUGUCCACAACCUCAAACAGUCACACUCCAAACUCCACUAUGGCCAAGACCAAAGAGCUGUCAAAGGACACCAGAAACAAAAUUGUAGACUUGCACCAGGCUGGGAGGACUGAAUCUGCAAUAGGUAAGCAGCUUGGUUUGAAGAAAUCAAAUGUGGGAGCAAUUAUUAGGAAAUGGAAGACAUACAAGAUCACUGAUAAUCUCCCUCGAUCUGGGGCUCCACGCAAGAUCUCACCCCGUGGGGUCAAACUGAUCUCAAGAACGGUGAGCAAAAAUCCCAGAACUGCACGGGGGGACCUAGUGAAUGACCUGCAGAGAGCUGGGACCAAAGUAACAAAGCCUACCAUCAGUGUAACACUACGCCGCCAGGGACUCAAAUCCUGCAGUGCCAGACGUGUCUCCCUGCUUAAGCCAGUACAUGUCCAGGCCCGUCUGAAGUUUGCUAGAGAGCAUUUGGAUGAUCCAGAAGAAGAUUGGGAGAAUGUCAUAUGGUCAGAAACCAAAAUAUAACUUUUUGGUAAAAACUCAACUCGUCAUGUUUGGAGGACAAAGAAUGCUGAGUUGCAUCCAAAGAACACCAUACCUACUGUGAAGCAUGGGGGUGGAACGUCAUGCUUUGGGGCUGUUUUUCUGCAAAGGGACCAGGACGACUGAUCCGUGUAAAGGAAAGAAUGAAUGGGGCCAUAUAUCGUGAGAUUUUGAGUGAAAACCUUCUUCCAUCAGCAAGGGCAUUGAAGAUGAAACGUGGCUGGGUCUUUCAGCAUGACAAUGAUCUCAAACACACCACCCGGGCAACAAAGGAGUGGCUUCGUAAGAAGCAUUUCAAGGUCCUGGAGUGGCCUAGCCAGUCUCCAGAUCUCAACCCUAUAGAAAAUCUUUGGAGGGAGUUGAAAGUCUGUGUUGCCCAGCAACAGCCCCAAAACAUCACUGCUCUAGAGGAGAUCUGCAUUGAGGAGUGGGCCAAAAUACCAGCAACAGUAUGUGAAAACCUUGUGAAGACUUACAGAAAACGUUUGACCUCUGUCAUUGCCAACAAAGGGUAUAUAACAAAGUAUUGAGAAACUGUUGUUAUUGACCAAAUACUUAUUUUCCACUAUAAUUUGCAAAUAAAUUCAUUGUAGGAUUGUUAAUGUGAUUUUCUGGAGAGAAAAAAUUCUAAUUUUGUCAUAGUUGAAGUGUACAGGCCUCUCAUCUUUUUAAGUGGGAGAACUUGCACAAUUGGUGGCUGACUAAAUACUUUUUUGCCCCACUGUAUUUGGGGAGUUUAUCCGGUUCUUCUUUGCAGAUCCUCUCAUGCUCGGUCAGGUUUGAUGGGGAGCGUCGUUGCACAGCUAUUUUCAGGUCUCUCCAGAGAUGUUCGAUCGGGUUCAACUCCAGUCUCUGGCUGAGCCACUCAAUGACUUUGAGACCUGUCCAGAAUCCACUCCUGUCUUGUGCUUAGGGUCGUUGUCCUGUUGGAAGGUGAACCUUCGCCCCAGUAUUGAGGUCCUGAGCGCUCUGGAGCAGGUUUUCAUCAAGGAUCUCUGUACUUUGUUCCAUUCAUCUUUCCCUUGAUCCUGAUUAAGUCUACCAGUCCCUGCUGCUGAAAAACAUCCCAACAUGAUGUUGCCAGGUUUCCUCCAGACGUGACGCAAGGCAAACUCCAAACGGGCUGCCAUGCCUUUUACUGAGGAGUGGCUUCCUUCUGACCACUACCAUAAAGAACUGCUCGGUGGAGAGCUACAGAGAUGGUUGUCCUCCUGGAACAUUCUCCCAUCUCCACAGAGGAACUCUGUAGCUCUGUCAGAAUGACCAUUGGGUUCUUCUCCCUGACCAAGGUCCUUCUCUCCCGAUUGCUCAGCUCUAUGAAGAGUCUUGGUGGUUCCAAGCUUCCAUUUAAGAAUGGAGGCCACUGUGGUCUUGGAGACCUUCAAUGAUGCAGAAAUGUCUCAGAGCUCUACGGACAAUUGCUUCUACCUUAUGGCUUUGUUUUUGCUCUGACAUGCACUGUCAACUGUGGGACCUUAUAUAGACAGGUGUGUGCCUUUCCAAAUCAUGUCCAAUCAAUUGAAUAUACCACAGGUGGACUCCAAGUUGCAGAAACAUCUCAAUGAUGAUCAAUGGAAACAGGAUGCACCUGUGCUCAAUUUCGAGUCAGGUAGCAAAGGGUCUCAGUAGUUAUGUAACUAGGGUAUUUCUGUAAAAAGAAAAUAUAUCAAUUUGCAAAUGUUUAUUAAAAACCUGUUUUCUCUUUUUAAUUAUGGGGUAUUGUGUGUAGAUUGAGUUUUUAUUUUAUUAAAUCCAUUUCAGAAUAAGGAUGUAACGUUACAAAAUGUGGAAAAAGUGAAGGUGUGUAAAUACUUUCCUAAUGCACUGUAUGUGUGUAAAACCAUACUCCUAAAGUGUCUGAUCAGGAUAGCUGAUUUGCGAUCAGUUUUUCCUUGGCGAUCACAAUGUGAAGGACUACAUGGACCCAAGAUCAGCACUCCUACUCUGAGACGCUUUAUGAAUAGGGCACCUGAAUGCUUGCAAUGCCCCCUGCUGCUCCUAAAGUUUAACGUUAGUAGCAUCUACACUAUCUGUUGUCAGAAUAUGGCCUUGGUGCUUCAGUGUGCUCUGUUAUUGGACAGCUGGUUAAGAGCUUUAUUCAGUUGGGCGAAAUUCCAAACAUAUGUCUUAAUGUACAUCCGACACAGAUCUCUGUUCCAUGUGAUGAAGAAUAGUGUCUGCUCGAUACAUAACAUUUUUUAUUUGCAUCUUUAUGAACAUUAUGUCCAUACUGAAUAUUCCCAUUAUGGGUCUGGGGGAGUGCUUUGACCACAGACUGUCCAAUCAGACUCACUCGUACAUUCAGUAUAAUCCGUCCCACAUAAGCUUCUUUCAGUCUGAUGGAGUCUUCUUUACAAUGACGUAAGUCAUUUUCCCCACCAGAAUAAACAUGUAAUUCAAAGUGUCAUAUUGUACGUUACCACCAACUGAAUGUGAGUUAGGUACAAUAUUACAUAAAACACUCAAGAGGGAGUGUGUUGUGAGGCUUUGAGAUACAUUUCCAUUAAUGUCAUGCAGCAUCUUACGCUUGUACAGACUAGUUGUGUUAUUCUAUUAAACCUUGGGCUUGAUACACUAUUACUAGAUGGACACACCAUUCACAUGUUACAGAGAAGAGAAGUAUAUCAUUGAUUUCCAGUCAGCCUCAAAGAUACUAACCUUGGUAUACGGUAGUACAUAUCUUGUAAUUAAUGUUUUGUUUUUCAUUCAGCACCCUGUAGCCAAUAUGAUGGGGUCGCUACUGUAAGUGUCACUGUGAUGUUAAAUGGUACAGUAUGUCACUGUGGAAAAACUGCAACAAUAAAUUGCUAGAAUUUU